ACGGACCUCAAGCUCUACCAUUCCUGAGAUAACCGGAAAAGCUUGAUGGAUCAAUCCCGAGCCAAAGUUCUCUUCGUUCUAAUAAUUAUCAUUCUUCUUGCACCCGAUGGACACUCGCCGCAGAGCAGCUACGGCCUCGACGAGAUAAUCAUUCGAGAAAGGGAGCAGCUCGAAAUUUUACGAAACUCAACUUACGGAGUACCAGGGAACCUUACGGGGAUAAACUUCACGCAUGACCGAAUACCACCCGAACCUGUAAGGGAGUUAGUUGGAUCACUAAAGAAAGAAGUUCUUGGGGAAUACUUCCUGGAGGGAAUACAGGCAGGUGGCCUGCGGCCGCCAACGGCGGUUACUGGAGAAACUCCUCGGGGAGAUUCGGGCCCUGAAGCUGAGAUAGUUGAAGAAGGGGGCAAUGCUAAAGGUUCUGAAGCUCCCGGGGAAGGCCGUAGCUUGGACCCUACAUCCGUGUUUACGCGGCUUCCUUCGAUAUACCAAAAUGCUACUGGGACCAUACAUGGAGCAUGGGAUCGGCUUUUCUUAGAUGUUAAAGCGCCACAGACGAACCUGACCUAUGACAAAAACGUCACAGCUAAUCACGGGAAGCUUGUUUUCACUAUCGAAGAAAAGAAAAGGCCCGGAGAGGUACAAGAGAUGACAGCUACAAUGGUUAUCAAGAACGAAGAAGGUGGAGAUAUGAAAGAUAUAAGCCUAAGUGGGAUCCACUUCACCAAGUCUGGCGAGAUUUUGAUGACCACGACGUCUGAUAAGUUAGUUCCCUGAUAAAACCUGUAGGCUGUGGUGUGGUGUUGAUUAUUCUCUAUAGGUUUGCGGGAAUAUUUGCACUUCCUCAUUUUACACUCACAGAGAACGCUUAUAACCAAUCCAAGGCCCUUCUCCUGGACUCCAUCGCCACCGCAAUCAAAAAGCAGAAGGAUACAGCCCUAACUAACUCUCCUUGGCAACGCUCUCCCGAUCAGGCUGCCAACGAGAAACCUCGGUGUGAGUAUAUCGUAUAUUUCCAGCUACAUCCUGUCCAGCCAGUGCUCACCUCUCACCCGUUCCUCUCGUUCAACACACCAUAUCCACCAUACAUAAGCCCUGAAACACUCCAACACAUCGAAAAGGAACUGCGACACCCCACCGGUGCUCCAGUCCCUGAUGCACCACCAAUCGUCAUCUCCGGAAUUAUAUAUUCUCCCUCAUGUGGUCAUGUUCUUAGUGUCAAGAAGGCUGAGGGCAUCAAGAUUGAAACAUAUUUCCGCAAGGCAAUCAACUUUGCAUUGUGCGCUGCGGUCAUCACAUGUGCACAGAUUUUGCUGCUGAUUCGGCAGAUGAAUGAGAGUAACACACCGAGUACAGUGAGCAGAGUUAGCUUCUGGACAAUUGCAAUGAUGGGUAUAGUCGAUGGUUAUAUGGCGCUUGCCUUUUUGGGAGCAACUGUGCUUAUCGGUAUGCCAAAUGGAAAGCCGCCACCUGGAACAGUUUAGACACUCACGCAUAAUAGAUUCAUGCUACCUAGCCUUGUCCCCGGUGACCUUCUUCUCCUUCCUCCUCGGAUCCAUCUUCGGAAUGCGCUUCUUGAUGAUCAUCCGUCGAAUUCAGCGCCCUGAAAACCGGCCAGCACAGUCUACACCACCUGCAGUCACCCCAGCUGUAGAUUACUCAGCAAGUUCUCUUCCAUUGCCCGCCAGCGCAAUGCCACAAGCACCGAUAAUAUUGCCGCCCAAUCAAGACAUUAACGAUACGGGUGACGAUGGUCGACAGGAUAUCGGCACAUUGUAUCCCCGCUUCUUGUUCGUACUUCUCGGCUCCUUCUUCGUCUCCUUACACGCCGCUAGUUGGCCGCCACUCUUCCGAGGCCUGUUCGUCAAUACAGUUGUCCUGCUUGCAAAUAGUUACUGGGUGCCACAAAUAUACAGAAACGUAAUCCGUGGAUGCCGGAAGGCACUCACAUGGGAAUUCGUGAUCGGAAUGAGCAUUUGCAGAGUCGCGCCGGGCCUAUAUCUCUACUGCUGGAAAGGAAACAUAUUUUUCCUCGAACCAAGUUAUAAAUCCGCAGCCGUUGUCCUUGGUUGGGUCUGGUUUCAAGUAUUCCUGCUACUGAGCCAACAGUUAUUUGGCCCACGGGUUUUGAUCCCCUCCAAUGUAACCCCUCCACCCCCGCACCAGUGAAAUCUGCCGAUUGCUUAAUUGGAUAUCAUUCUAGCUCCUCCCCCCCGCCUACGACUACCACCCAAUCCUUCCCAUCGACGAUCUAGAAGCCGCCGAACCACAACUUCCCUCUCCUCCUCCAACAGACGCGACCGCUCUCCUCCCCAACACCCGCUUUUUCGACUGCGCAAUCUGCAUGCAGUCCGUCGAGGUCCCGACAAUAUCCAAUGACCGCGACGCAGGCAGUGGCCCGAGCAGCGUCGGUUUCCUAGGAAGGAGAAGUUACAUGGUUACCCCCUGCCGUCACGUAUUCCAUUCAAAUUGUCUUGAAGGGUGGAUGCGGUUCAGAUUGCAGUGUCCUAAUUGCAGGUACAGAAAAUCCCCUACCUCAUCACAAUACGUAAUUUCAACUAACCUGGGGCAGAAACCCUCUACCACCGUUGUAGACAUUGUUCGUUUGUUAUGUACAGGUUAUUGUGUGUCAGUAAGUAAAUAUUGGAGUUUGGGAGGUUUGAUGGGAAUUGCAUUAGAGAUAAACAUGUAUUAUUAUUAGACGCCCUCGCUUGAAGCAGUAGGAGGAGAGGGAUCGUGUUGGCUGAUGCUUACCCUUCCCCCGAUCCUUGGGUGUUUUGAUAAACCCCGAAUAGAACUAGAGGGUUAUACACC